CUGUGUUCGCUUGCGAAUGGGGCGUCUCGCGUCUACACGGAUAACUGAAGGAUUCUCCGGAAUUCCGGCUGUGGGAAGAUAUCCGACUGUGUGUCUGUUCGACAUUUGUGCAUGGGAUUGUAUUUACUAUCCUGGAUAAUCAAAAUGGUUUGAAAGCAGACUUGUUUUAAGCAGAGUUAAGAAUAUUCUAAUUAUCUGGGACGUUUGAACAUGGCCGCAUUGUAUUUAUGGAUUCUAGCUACUUUUUGGAGAACUGUACAGGCCAUCCAUCCAGACUGUGCCAUCAUUUCCCAGCACUUAAGGGCCCAGGAACUCUGCAAUCAGACCAGGAGGAGAGAGCGCAAGAUCCAGACUGGACCAUGGGGUUGCAGAACGGAGUGGGAUGAGAUCCGAUGCUGGUUUCGAGCGGAUGUCGGCCAGGUGGUCAAUGUGUCCUGCUCUGAAGUCUUCCAGCACUUCUCCAGCAAGCAAGGUUACAUAUACAGGAACUGCACAGCAGAGGGCUGGGGUGACCCAUACCCACCUUAUGGAGAAGCCUGUGACUUUGGAGAUGAUGCAGAGCCUGAAGAGACAAGCUACUUCUCAAUGUUCAAGAAGGUAUACACAGUUGGAUACGCCACCUCACUUAUAUCACUCAUAACAGCAAUCAUAGUCUUCACUUCCUUCAGGAAGUUCCACUGUACCAGGAAUUACAUACACAUCAACCUGUUUGCUUCCUUCAUUCUCCGGGCCAGUGCAGUCUUCAUUAAGGAUGCCGUUCUUUUCUCUGAUGAGUCUUUGGACCAUUGCUUCAUGUCCACAAUGGCAUGCAAAUCUGCUGUGGCCUUCUUCCAGUUCAGCAUCCUGGCUAAUUACUUCUGGCUGCUGGUGGAGGGCAUGUACCUGCAGACCCUGCUCGCACUCACCUUCGUCUCCCAGAGGAAGUACUUCUGGUGGUACAUCCUGAUUGGUUGGGGUUUACCAUCGCUGGUCCUUAUUGUUUGGGUUUUGACUAGAAAAUUAUAUGACAACCGAGGGUGCUGGGAUGACACUGAUUUUACUGCUGUCUGGUGGAUAAUCAAGGGUCCAAUAACAGCGUCCUUAUUUGCAAACAUCAUCAUCUUCCUGAGUGUGAUCCGGAUCCUGGUUCAGAAGCUCAAGUCUCCAGGCAUGGGUGGCAAUGACUCAAGCCACUUCAUGAGGCUGGCCAAGUCAACUUUGUUCCUCAUUCCCCUGUUUGGGAUGCACUACACUGUGUUCGCCUUCCUGCCCGAGAGCACAGGAGAGACUGCGCGACUCUACAUUGAGCUUGGCCUAGGCUCCUUUCAGGGUUUUGUUGUGGCUUUGCUCUACUGCUUCCUGAAUGGAGAGGUGCAGAUGGAGCUGAGACGGGGUGUGCGAAAGUGGCGGACGCAGAGUCACCUGAGUCCCGGCAAGAGGCGCCACAUUACUGUUACGCAGAUCACUACGCUGGAGAGGGCGGAGCCUCUGGAGGCCAUUUGCUCUGCUGGCAACACAGUGGUAUGAGGAGGCAUGGCCAGGGCCCAGCGAGUGGGAGUGGCUUAGACACAAUCUAGUGAGUGAGGAGCUGCCGAAGGUGCUGCUGCACAUGGGGCGGGGGGGUGGAUCCGCAUGGAGUAACACCAAAGCGGGUGGGUCUAACAAAGCCCAAGCCAUCACAGGGAGCAGGUGUUUCCAGUUUUGGGAGGGUUAAGUGCAGGAUGCAAUGGAAGUUAUAUGGCUCUACGGCUAGCCCUUUUUAUCACAGCAACUAGAAGACAACAACCAAACUAUAGCCAAAGGACUACUGAAUAGCAAAAAAGUUUUAAAAAGCAUCAAGAGGCACAUUAGGUGAGAGACCUGCUUCAAAUAUUCUCAACCAAAGAAUCCUACAGUGUUUAAACAAAUCUAAAGCAAUUUAUAAUGCUCUUUUAGACACCAGAUUCUGUUAGAUAUUUGAUUUUCAUAAAGCCACACACUAAUUAUUAUCCCAAAUACACAAAUGGAUUGUGCGUUUCAAACAUGUAUGGGUAGGUCUAAGCCCAGUUAAUUCAUGUCCCCAUUAAUGUCCCACAAUACACCACUAUUAGAGGCUAAAUGCAUCUCAAGCUCUACUGUCCACUUCAGUCUCAUGCAUUGAUUAAUGUUGCAAAUGUUCUUUUGAAGUCUGUAUCAUAGUUGAUAUUCAAAGGUUUGAAAGCAUCCCAUUCCUGCAAAACACCAUUGCAGGUUGUGCUCCCAGUUGUAGACAAGUGUAGCCAUCAUUGAUGUGACAAGCACACCACACUGUGUACAAGGAACACAGGGAAGAGGGUAUUUGGGCACUAAAAUAUGUCAUAUACACGUAGGCUACAUGUGGUGUAUGUGGUGUACUGUCAGGGUAAUAUUAUUGCCAGAAUUGUAGCAUAGAUCAGUCUGCUUAGAACUUGGCAGUUGUUCGUGUAAGGUACACAAUAGGCCAACAUGUGUAAAAGGCUGACAUGUCUAAAGUGUCCAGUUUUCAGUUUACCGAAGACAUUUGGAGAUAUUCACUUGUCUUUUGUUUCUGCAUCUUUCAUGGCCCUCUAAGGAUAUAAGAGCAUUUUUCACUUUGUUAUAGGAUAUUAUGGUGUUUUAUUAGAAUUGUUAGGGUUAAGAUAUUAUUAUUAGAGAAAAUUGCUGUCUGAGAAAAAAAUAUUCUGCAAACCCAAUUUAUAAGUUCAAAAUAUAAAUUGUGAUCAUUCAGUGUGUAGCAAUUAUGGACUGUUAACAAGUUUGUCUUUAUAGAUUAUCAUACCUAAACAAAAUGUUUUAUAACAUCGAGUUCAAUGUCAAACUAAUGUAUGCUAAAAUUAGAAUGCACUAAUUCAUUGAAUAAGAACUUCUUAGAAUAUAAAUUCUGUCCUUGUAAAACGGUUGCAAAUCCUCCCUU